AAGGACUAGACCUCGACAUCUCGCAAACCUCCCAAAAGACUCGACGUAGUCACGCAGGCUAUCAGUCCGCACGUAUACAUUCGAAUAAGGAUGGCCUCCUCGCGAUCGACCAUGUCGGCGCUCACACGUACCACCAACCCCUUACGCCGGGUCGUCCUCCAUCACUCUCGAACCCUCACGACCACCCGUCCCCACCUCUCCAAUGUUCCUUCCACUUACCGCAACCCAUCUCUCGACCCAUUGUAUCGACCGGACUUUCCGGAAAACCUGCCCAUCCCGCGAUCGGCAUUGGCGGCUCUCGGAGCUAGGUUGGAAUUGAAUCUGAGCGAAGGUGCCGGGGUGGAGGACAAGGUGUUGGUCUGCCUGACGGAUCGGAGUUGGGACGAGAACAAGGUCAAGUCUGUCCGACGACCGACGUCGUCAUCUUCGUCGUCAGUAGAGGGGGAUACCACCGUGGUCGAAUCGUCAUCAACAUCAGCAACAAUAGCGUCAUCAUCAGCAUCACCGAACAACCAACUCCUCUCUUCCCUAGGCAACUCCCUCCUCGGCCUUUUUACCUCGGAACACCUAUCCACCCUCUACCCUAACCUUCCUACCCGGGUGCUCAAAUCUAGCGUCUCGGCGUAUUGCGGUCCUUCCGCCUGUGCAUCUGUCGGACGUGAGCUGGGCGUAGGCGUGAACGUGUCUAGUUCGGAGGGGAGCGGGAGGACCAAGUUCGGACAGAGCGAAGGGUUGAGGGUCAGAUGGGUCAGGGGAGGAGGGGAUGGUGGAAAGGGGCAGAGAGGAUGGGAAGUCGUCGUAGCGGACAGCGUGAGGGCGUUGGUCGGGCUGGUCUACCAAGAACGAGGGAUGAACGCCGCCCGUCAGUUCGUACACAACCAAUUCUUGACCCGUCACGUAGACGUGGCGAGCAUGUUGAACUUUCGGAAUCCGAAACAUGUCUUGGGGGUGGAGAUGAGGCGGUUGGGAUUGGGAGCCGGGGUCGAAUCUAGGCUGUUGGCAGAGUCCGGCCGACAUUCCAUCUCGCCCAUCUUCAAUGUCGGUCUCUUCCUCCCUUCCGGCCUGAAACUCGCAGAAGGGUCCGGCUCUUCGCUGAAGAUGGCCGAACAUCGAGCCUGCGUCAACGCCCUCACGUCGAUCUACCUCGUCCGAAAAGAAUUUACCGGAGAUGAAGAAGCUCGGGUAGGGUUGCCCACGAGCGUGCAUGAGGAUCGACCGAUGAGUUUCGGAAAGGGAGGCGAGGAGGAAAGGGCGUUCAGGGGGGUCGUGGAUGUGGGCAAGGGGGAUGGGGUGUUUGGGACGGGUGAGGGGAAGAGGAAGUGGAGAGGCGGCAAGGCGUAG